AUGAACAAUUGCCUUAUGCAUUGUUGGGAUAUCACACUCGCUUUAACUUCAAUCGGGACCACUCCAUACCUUUUGGUGUAUAUUUCGAACAAGAAUACCAAAUUGGAAGUAGAGAUCCCUUCACUUCGAAUAAUACAAGAAGCUAAGUUGGAUGAUGCAGAAUGGAUCUGCAAAAGGUAUGAGCAACUGGCUUUAAUAGAUGAAAAGCGAAUGAUCAUUGUUUGCCACGGUCAAUUGAACCAACAAAGAAUGAAGCGAGCUUUUAACAAGCAUGCGAGAACUAGGAUUCUUCAAAUUGGGCAAUUUGUGCUCAAACGAAGAUUCCCUAAUAAAGAAGAAUACAAAGGAAAGUUCGCACCAAAUUGGCAAGGCCCCUAUAUGGUGCGAAAGGUACUAUCAGGAGGAGCUAUGGUACCUGCUGAAAUGGAUGGUCAAGAGUGGCCAAGAAUAAUAAAUUCAGAUGCCAUCAAGAGAUACUACGUGUGA